AGAUGCAAAGACUUCUAAAUCUCACAUAAAAAGUCUUUGGGAUUACAUCGACAUGCUACACAAAAAAUCAUCAUUAUUUUAUAAUUUCAAGUUUUCGAAAGAACAUUCUGAAAAGGUGCUUCGUCCUCAUUGCAACGUUUCCAAUCUAAAAUUAUGGAGUUAUUUUGUUUCGGAGAAUGUCUCCACUGGUCCAGAGUUUGAUCAAGAAGUUAUAAAUGAGACAGAAACUGCUGCCGAGGAAGGACAACAGAAGUUAGAAGACAAGUACGAUGCCAACAGACGCUGUCGAAGUGGUAUGUUUGGUGGAUCGGUUCAUUACGACAAUAGUAGCUGUGCAUAUCAUUUGUACGAAUAUAAUCGCAUCGAAGAAGAGGCUGACAAACACGCAACUCGUUGGAAAAAUAUAUGGCAGCGUUUGGAACAGCCUAAAAUAACGAAAACGUUUUUAACAUACAAUGAAGAACUUUCCAGAGUCCGUAGUGGUGUACUACACAAACGAGAUACAAUGGACAUAAUACUUGAGGGGAAACUUCAAAUCGAAGACUACAGUAACCAAGGUUUUUCACGACCUCAUUCAUUUGAACCUCACAGUUUCUUUACGCCAACCAACUGCGAUUUCUGUCUACAAGUGAUAUGGAAUAUUGGAAAAGGAGGAUUCAGAUGCACAGAAUGUGGAUACAACUGUCACGAGAAAUGCUUAUCACGUGUUCCUAAAACGUGUCCUAAUUACAAGAAUCUAAAAGACCAGAAUGAUAGAAUGCCAUCAACUAGUAACAAAAGCUUACACGAGUCUCCAAGUAUAAACAAAUCUUCGAAAUUUUUGUGUGGGUAUCUAUGGAAACGAGGUGCUUUAUUCAAACAAUGGAAGCAACGGUAUUUUGUAUUGGAUACGGAAAGACAUCAGCUUCGUUACUAUGAUGAAGUAAGCGAUGUUCAUUGUCAAGGUGUUGUCAACUUAUCUGAAAUUAUUUCAUGUGAAAUGUCACAGUUGAAUUCAAACGAGAAGCAAGUUUUUUUCGACCUUCGUACAGAGAAACGAUUGUAUAAUUUGUAUGCUGCGACGGAGGAAGAAGCCAAGAAAUGGAUAUCUAAAUUACAAAGCUUGGAUACGUAGAGCUUCCACGAUCCAAUCAGGAAUUUCAUUAUAAUCAAAAGAAAUGUUGUGCAUAUGUGAAAUAUUUUAACAUUUUAGAACGCAUAUUUAGGGUAAUUUAUGUAUGUAUUUUAAUUUUUUUAAAUAAUAGUAUCAUUUUGAGACACGCACAGGUUUCAAAUAAACAUGACUGAAAUAACCAA